UUCCGCCAGUCCGUUCCGCUUCCGGUUGGUUAGGCUCUGGGCUUAAAAGUUACUGUGUGUGUCGUCGCGAUGGGGAAGUCGGAUUUUCUUACCCCCAAGGCCAUCUCCAACAGGAUCAAAUCCAAGGGGCUUCAGAAGCUUCGCUGGUAUUGUCAGAUGUGCCAGAAACAGUGCCGGGAUGAGAAUGGUUUUAAGUGUCAUUGUAUGUCCGAAUCUCAUCAGAGACAACUGCUGCUGGCUUCAGAAAAUCCUCAGCAAUUUAUGGAUUAUUUUUCUGAGGAAUUCCGAAAUGACUUUCUAGAACUUCUCAGGAGACGCUUUGGCACUAAGAGGGUCCACAACAACAUUGUGUAUAAUGAGUACAUCAGCCAUCGAGAGCACAUCCAUAUGAAUGCCACUCAGUGGGAAACUCUGACUGAUUUUACUAAGUGGUUGGGCAGAGAAGGCUUGUGCAAAGUGGAUGAGACACCGAAGGGUUGGUAUAUUCAGUAUAUAGACAGGGACCCAGAAACUAUCCGCCGGCAACUGGAACUAGAGAAAAAGAAGAAGCAGGACCUUGAUGAUGAAGAAAAAACUGCCAAAUUUAUUGAAGAACAAGUGAGAAGAGGCCUGGAAGGGAAAGAACAGGAGGCCCCUGUUUUUACGGAAUUAAGCAGAGAAAAUGAUGAAGAGAAAGUUACAUUUAAUUUGAAUAAAGGAGCAUGUAGUUCAGGAGGAGCAACGUCCUCCAAGUCAAGUUCUCUGGGGCCAAGUGCAUUGAAGACAAUAGGGAGCGCAGCAUCAGUGAAACGAAAAGAAGCUUCCCAUAGCUCCACUCAAUCAAAAGAAAAGAAGAAAAAGAAAUCUGCACUUGAUGAAAUCAUGGAGAUUGAAGAGGAAAAGAAAAGAACUGCUCGAACAGACUACUGGCUGCAGCCUGCAAAGAACAUGAACAGAACCGUCACCAAAGAGGACGUCCAAGCAGCCAGCAAACAUAUGAAAAAAAUAUUCACAAUCAUUAGCCAUCAGAAAGAUACACAUCAAAACUCCAGUGACAUACCAUCUUACUGCAGCAAAAAUGGCACUGAUUAAAAAAAAUAACAACGUGUUGGUGAGGAUGUCGGAAGGUCAAAACCCUAAUCCAUGGCUGGUGAGACUAUAAAAUGGUAUAACCGCUAUGGAAAACACUAUGGUGCUUUCUUAAAAAACUAGAAAUAGAACUACCCUAUGAUCCAGCAAUUCCACUACUAGGUGUUUACCCUAGAGUUCCUGUCUUGGUCAUCUAGUGCUGCUAUAACAGAAAUACCAGAAGUGGAUGGCUUUAACAAAGAGAAAUUUAUUCUCUCACUGUCUAGUAGGCUAGAAGUCCAAAUGUAAGGUGUCAAGGGAAGGCUUUCUGUUUCUGUCGACUCUGGGGGAAGGUCCUUGUCAUCAGUGUUCCCUUGGCCUGGGAGCAGCAUCUCAGCGCAGGAACCUCAGGUCCAAAGGAUGCACUCUGCUCCUGGUGCUGCUUUCUUGAUGGUAUGAGGUUCCCAACUCUCUGCUUACUUCUCUUUCCUUUUAUCUCUUGAGAGAUAAAAGGUGGUGCAGGCUACACCCCAGGGAAACUCCCUUUACAUUGGAUCAGGGAUGUGACCUGGUAAGGGUGUUACAAUCCCACCCUAAUCAUCUUUAACAUAAAAUUUCAAUCACAAAAUGGAGGACAACACAGAAUACUAGGAAUCAUGGCCUAACCAAGUUAAUACAUACAUUUUGGGGGGGACACAAUUCAAUCCAUGACAGCCCUAAAAGUAAUGACACAAACAGACUCGGCCACACCUAUGUUCGUUGCCACAUUAUUCACAAUAGCAAAUAAAUGGAAACAACUGAAGUAUCCAUCAACAGGUGAGUGGAUAAGCAAAUUGUGGCACAUGCAUACAGUGAAAUAUUAUGCAACAAUAAAGAGCAAUGACGAGUCCACAAAAUGUAUUAUAACAUGAAUGGACCUGGAGGGCAUAAUACUAAGUGAAAUAAGUCAAGCAUAUAAGGACAAAUAUUGUAUGAUCCCUCUUACAAGAAGACCUGAAUAGAUAAAUAUAGAGAGACCAGUGUUCAUUGGUGGAGGAGGAAGAUGAGGAAAGUACGCUUUAUAUACUGUAUAGACUAGGUUUUUUUUUAACUGUGCUUUCAGUGAAAGUUUAUAAUUCAUGUCAGUUUCUCAUACAAAAACUUAUACACUCAUUGUUCUGUGACCCUAGUUGCUCUCCUACACUGUGACAGCACACGCCUCCUCUCCACCCUGUAUUUCCUGUGUCCAUUCAGCCAGCCCGUCCCCUUCUGCCUUCUCAUCUUGCCACCGGACAGAAGCUGCCCAUUUAGUCUCAUGUAUCUACUGAGCCAAGAAGCACAUUCUUCACUAGUAUCAUUUUAUGUCUCAUAUUCCAGUGUAAUCUGUGUCUGAAGAGUUGUCUUCGGAAAUGGUUUUAGUUCUGGGCUAACUGAGAGUCCGGGGGCCAUGUCUCAGGCUAAUUAUUUUUGGUGAGGGGGAAAGUGUCACCGAAUGUAGACGUAGGCAGCGGAGCACAACCAAAGUAAAAAUGAGUGUUUGAGCACAUAUGGAUGUGUAUAGGCAGAUUGGUAUAUGGGUGGGUACAGGUGUGUACAUAGGUGAAAACAGUGUGGGUGCAGGCACAUACAUUCAUUGAAGACACAAACACAGAUACUUGUUAGGCAUAACCAGAUACCUUCCAACAUUGAUUUUCUGAGUUUGAAGGCUUAGGACCAUAGUCUCUUGGGACGGCUCAGCCUGUUAGCAUAACAUAGUUCACCAAAGUCAUGAUCUGCAUCCUAUUGAUGUGAGUAGUGUCUAGCAUCUUAAAAGCUUGCAAGCUGCUAUCUAAGACACAACUACGGAUCUCUGCUUGCCAGGAUAAAAACAGUAAGUACGCAACCAAAAGCACAGAGAAGAAACAAGUCCACACAAGCCACAACCUCAUCAUUUACCCUGAGACUAAAAGAACUAGCUGGUGCCCGGUUACCACCACUGCAUCAUUCUGCCUGGGGUCACGAUCAUUGGUCCCAGAUAGAAUGGGAGCAUGAAAUAACUUAUCUAAUGUGGAAAUACUUGCUGAGUUAAAUGGAAAAUAAGUACUGUGUAUAAAUUAUUUCAGUUAAUUCUCAUAAUAACUCUAUAAGGUAGUUACUGUUAUUCUUCCCAUUUUAUAAGUAAGGAAACUGAUAUAAAAAUUGAGUAAUUUUCUCAAGGUUAUUUAGUGAGUGGUGAGCCAGAAUUUCCCUGGCAAUCUGAUUCUACUGGUUGUAUUUUCAACUACUAAACAGUACUACUGGUUAGUCACCUUGAUUUGCUGAUCUGUUAGUAAAAGUUUGGGUUAUUGUAAACCCGAGGGAUAUAUCAUGGGAUGGAAAAGUCUAUUCUUUCUUAUAAAAUUAUUAAAGGAAGGAUCUGUAGGGAAGAAACUGUUCAUUAUUUUGUGGGUUAUGGUUUGUUUUUGCCUGUUAGAAUAGCUGGCUUUGGAAUCUUAAUAGUCACAUAUAUAAUUUAUGAAAGUGUAAUCAAGAAUUUUGUUUAAAGCAAUAUUCUUAACCAUAGUUUACAUCAAAAUUUCUUGGAGCCAUCUUUUCAGAAUACAAAUACUUCAUACUACCAGUCUCUUGGGAUGAAGUGCAUGUUUUCACUAACCUCCCAAGUGAUUCUGAUGUGUGUGUGCCCUUGGUUAAGGACCAUUGGUCUCAAGGAAAAAGAAAACAAAAAUCAAAAAAUAAAAAUGAAGCCCAGAACUGAAUCCAUUCCCAAAGCCAACUCUUCAGACAAAGAUUAUACUGGAUUAUAGGCAUAAAAGGAUACUCGUGAAGAGAGUGCUUCUUAGCUCAAGUAGAUACAUGAGAUUAAAUAGGCAGCUCCUGUCCGGAGGUGAGAUGAGAAGGCAAAAAGGGGCAGGAGCUGGUUGAAUGGACCCAGGAAAUCCAGGGUAGAAAGGAGGAGUGUGCUAUCACAUUAUAGAGAGAGCAACUAGGGUCACACAACUGUGUGUGUAUAAAUUUAUGUAUGAGAAACUAACUCAAACUGUAAACUUUCACUUAAAACACAAUAAAAACAAAGUGAAACAUUCCAAGUUUUUAAUUAGUAAAAAAAAACUCUUCUCAUUGAUAAUACUUGCAAUUAAAUUUUAUUUUCUAUUUGAUAAUUUUCUCAGAUAGUGAAUUAUUCUGAUUUUUUUAUUUUCAUAGCUCUUCUUACUGGAUGUUAUGUUGAAAGUGAGAAUCCUGCAGAUAGUGCUCUGACAACUCAAGCCGUCUUUUAUAUUGAAAUGGGCAAUAUGUUAAAAUAACCAGUAGUUCACAGAAAUAGACUUGUAGGGCUUUAUUUUUUUAACUCAGACAAGAAAUAUUUUGAAUAGAUCUAUUGUAGGAAAAGGUCAAUAAGUACAGUGAUUAUAAUGAGUUGUCUUCAAAUUACUAUAGUAUGAAUUCAUAAGGGCCUUUGAGAAAUUUAGCCUAGAAUUUCUCUGGCUAAAUCAGAGAACCUGCUUUGGCAUUAAUUGGCUUCAUUUAGAAAGUCUUAGUAGAGUAGUCCCUGGUGGUACAAAUCGUUAAGCUCUUGACUACUAACGAUAAGAUUGAUGAUUCAAACUCACCCAGAGGUGGCUCAGGAGACAGGCCUGGCUAUCUGCUUCUGGAAGGUCACAGCCUUAAACCUUAACCUUAUGGAGCAGUUCUACUCUGAACACAUGGGGUCACCAUAAGUUGGGAUCCACUUGACAGCAAUUAACAAGUGGAGGAGAGGCUUAACAAUAUGACAACUCAAGUCUUCUCUUAAAGGUGUCUCUACUGUUAAAUACCCUCCCCACAAAGUCCUUACUAAAUUUUUGUUAGUAUAGUUUUUAGCAUGGCUUAAUGAAGUGACCACGUGGUUCCUCUCUGUUGUAUUUACUUCAAGUAGCAAAUAUAGGAUCGCUGCCAUGAAUAUAGCAAUAAGUCAGUUUAUUUAAUUUUCAUUGUCAGCCUUUAGAAAACUAAUCAGGAAAACAAUGAUUAAAGAAGCAAACUCAGAACUCAUUACUAUGAAGCAAGCCCAGAUUUCUUGCCCAUUUGAGAAUUAAAUGGUCAGAAGAGAGAUACUUUUAGCUAGAGCAAAUCUUUUUUUUUUUUAAUCUGGAGGAAUCCUGUCUGUGUUAAAAAUUCAAAGCAAUGUAACAAGAAAAUAACAUAAUGAAAAAUGUCAUGCACAAAAUCAAAGGCUCAGUUCCUGGCAAUUUCCUAAUGAGACCUUUACAAUCUGAGUUUUUAUCAACAGUGAACACUAAUAGUAUAUCCUUGAAACUUUUCCGUUCCUUGAGUGGAGAGAAAGAUGCCAUCUAUGAAAGACAUAAAUGAGUUGAGAUUUUACAGAUGAAAGUCUUAGAUUUCAAGAAACCUUCAUUAUGGAAAGCAGCCAUUUUUAUAUAUAUAUAUAUAAAUAUAUAUAUAUAUAUAUAUUUUUUUUUUCCCUUGGUAACUAUGUUGAGUAAAAGAAAAGAAAGAAGACAUGAAAUAUUACCAAGGAAAUGUUUUGCCAUUGUUGGGAAGGCUUAAAAUGCCAUAAUUUCCUUUUAUUUAUUUUUAUUGUUGUUGAGAGUAUACACAGAACAUAUACCAAUUCAGCAGUUUCUAUAUGUUUAGUUGAUUAUAUUCUUCAAGUUGUACACUUGUUCUCACCCUCCUUUUCUGAAUUGUUUUUACCCCAUUAACAAACUCACAGUCCCAGAGCUUCCUGUCUAAUCUUUGGAGAACUCCAUAAUUUCUCAUUUACCAGAGCACAUGAUUUAAAAUAAAAAAGUAAAAAAGGAAAGAUACUUCAUGUCUUUUCAUCUUUCUGUUUUGUUGUUGUUGUUUUCUAGGAAAUCAUUGUGAAAAUUAUAACCAAAAAACUUGGA